AUGGGCCGCCGGGACGACGAGGACAAGCCCACGGGGCUCGAGGCGCUGCGCCGCCGCAGCUCCAGCAGCCGCACCAGCGCCAGCCUCAAUCGCAGAGUCAGCAGCCAGACGAGCGCCAGCGCCAGCACCCGCACCACCAGCAGCACCACCAGGCACGACAGCAUCGCCGGCUCCGAGACGCCGCCGCCGCUCAUGCUCACCCACAGCCGCGACGGCGGCGACAUCCGCGCCGGCAAGCUGGAGCUGGCCCGCCGCCUCAGCCUGCUGGCCAAGCAGCUGACGUACGGCGACAGCAUGGACGAGCUGGUCGCCCUCGACAGCCAGGUCAACCAGCUCGAGCAGGCCCUGGGCGGCGGCGGCGUCAGCACCAGCAUCUACGGGAGCCCGCCGCUGUCGCGCAGGCCGCGCCCACUGAGCCUCCAGACGCCCGUCCGCAAGAACAGGGGCAGCGACCUGGACGGCAGUGCCAUCUUCAGCUCGCCCUCGUCCUCGUUCCGCAACCGCUUCGCAGACCAGAUGUCCCCCACGCCCUCGGCCUCCAUGAUGCACCACGACGAGUCCGAGGACGAGGAGCCCCCGCCACCCAAGCAGGGCAUGACGGCGGCGCAAGCCAACAGGGUCAUUUCCGAGCUGGCCAAGCUCAACGAGGAGCUGCAAACCACCGUCACCAAUCUCAAAGCCCGCCAGGAAGAAUCGGAUCACAUUCAUAGGUUGUUGGUGGAACGAGCUGAGCGUGCUGCCCAACGCAUCAUUUUCCUCCAGAACCGCAUCACUUAUUUGGAAGAGGAACUUCAGGAAAACGAUACCGAGCUGACGCAUCUCCGCGUCUGCCUCAAAGCAGUCGAGAUCCAACUGCCGCCGCACCCCGACAGAGAACUGCAGCGAUGCUUUGCCGUCUUCAAAGAAGGCUACAGGGCCAUCAAGAAGAAGCGUGCUGCGCGAUCGAACAUGGUUAGCUACCUCGGUUACGAUUCUUCCAUAGCCGCCUCUUCGCCCGCGAGGUGA